GGAGCGGAAGUCACGCUUUCAGCAGUCUGCGGUUUGUUUUUUUUUUCUUACAGCUAGAUGCCAUAUUCAGGACAGAGGAAUCCGUUUCGAUCUGCUCUUCCCGUAGCACUCACGAGCAAGGCACAGAUUUGUCUUCGCUACUGGAAAAUAAAAGUCGCAUUCAAGGCAGUGUUAAGGCAGCCCAACGCCUCAUCUUCCCUUAGUAAAGAUGGCGGCGCCCUGAAUGUAAACGACAGGUAAAACCAGUUCCGCGUUUCUCCUGCGCCCUCGUCCAAGAUGGCAGACGAGGCCACCCGGCGUAUCGUGUCCGAGAUCCCGGUGCUGAAGACUAACGCUGGACCUCGAGAUCGAGAGUUGUGGGUGCAGCGACUCAAGGAAGAAUAUCAGUCUCUUAUCCGGUAUGUGGAGAACAACAAGAAUGCAGACACUGAUUGGUUCCGACUGGAGUCCAACAAGGAAGGGACUCGGUGGUUUGGAAAGUGCUGGUACAUCCACGAUCUCCUCAAAUAUGAAUUUGACAUUGAGUUUGACAUUCCUAUCACUUAUCCUACUACGGCUCCAGAAAUUGCAGUCCCUGAACUGGAUGGAAAAACAGCCAAGAUGUACAGGGGUGGCAAAAUAUGUCUGACCGAUCACUUUAAGCCGUUGUGGGCCAGGAACGUGCCCAAGUUUGGACUAGCUCAUCUCAUGGCUCUGGGGCUGGGUCCGUGGCUGGCAGUGGAGAUCCCAGAUCUGAUUCAGAAAGGCGUUAUUCAGCAUAAGGAGAAAUGCAACUGAAGUAUCAAGCCACUGAGGCUGGACAGAGGGACCUUUGAUAGUCUAUGUUCCUGUUUUCCUGUGUGUUCCUUACUCAUCUAACUGCUUCCCGUCACACUCCUCCACCCACAAUUGUUACUAAGUAGCCGCAGCAGGCAUUACUGGGGG